AUGGCAUCGAACGAGCAAACUCAAAGUGAAACGAACGAAGUAAAACCAGUAGUUAAUCCUCCGAAAAAGAUUAAUCAUACAUGGUAUCAAUCCGAAACUUGUGUUUAUGUUGUCAUUCCUAUUCGAAACGUACAACGAGACCAAGUACAUGUUGAAUCUACAGAAAAUACAUUAAGCGUUAAUAUCAAAUUGCCAUCGUCAAAUAGUGAAUAUAAUCUAGAACUUGACCUUGCUUAUCAUGUUAAUAGCAGUCGUACGGAUACUAAAGUUAAUACAGCAAACGUUGAAGUUCGUUUGUAUAAAGUUGAUGCUAUACAAUGGGCAUCACUUGAUUCUCAACAUAAACCGAAUGCUCCACCAGUUAUUAUGAAUCGUGCUCCAACUGUACAAUCAGUUCCACCAUCGUAUCCAUCGUCGAGCAAAAAACCUACGAAUUGGGAUAAACUUGAAGUGGAAAUUAAGAAAGAAGAGAAGGAAGAAAAACUUGAAGGUGAUGCAGCACUCAAUCAAUUGUUUCAACAAAUCUAUCGUGAUGGAAGUGAUGAACAAAGACGAGCAAUGAACAAAAGUUUCAUGGAAUCAGGUGGCACUGUAUUAAGUACUAACUGGGAUGAUAUUGCCAAGAAAAAAACUGAAUGCAAGCCACCUGAUGGAAUGGAAUGGAAACCAUAUGAUAAUUAA